UUUUGGGUGAGAAAAUCUACAUACGCUAACGCUACCACAGAUGCAAUGUGGUCGAUGCAGGCACGCGGUAUUUUGAGGGGCAAUACUCAUUGACUGAUGCUUCCUUCCGCCUAUUUAUAUGAAACUACUCAGUAAUGAUAUCGAUGAAGAUUCAACUCAGCUAGGAAGCAAGCAUUUAUCUUUUAAGAGAUGGAACGUGAUCCAAACGGCGGUUCAUCUGAGCACCCAAGUUGUUCAUAUGCUCGUCUUGUUCCAACUCUAGGAAGCUUUAGCUUUAUUGAAGAUGUGGCUAUAUAUUUGCAUAGCCAAGCGUUUAGCGAAGGAUGUCCAGUUUCUCUCGAUCGAGUUCGUGGAAUAGUAAUUGAAGGUUUUCAGCCUGCUGCUGGGAGGCUUUUGCGUAAAGGGACUCGGUUAGAAUUUAUGAAUGAGUUUUCCGAGGAAAGGAGUCUACAGCUGAAGUUCUUAGAUAAUAAAGUAGCCGAUACUGUGACAGGGAAGGAGCUUAAAGGGUUAAAAGGUGAGUGCCUGAAGUUGGCUCUGCUUGAUUCGAACGGGCAUACUGUGACUCAUGGCCCUGGAUCUUCUGCAAAGGUGGAGAUACUACUUCUUGAGGACAAUGGUGAUAGUAAUGAACACAACCUGACUCUUGAAAAGUUUGAGAGAAGCAUCAUUCAAACAGGAGAUAAGAAGAGGCCACACUUUUCUCGAAAAAGUGUCGAGUAUAUAUUGCUCAAGAAGGGUGUUGCGGAUUUGAAUGAUACUAAGUUGGGACACGACAGUAAAUGGAGUAGGUUGUGCAGUUGCAGGCUUGGGGCUAGGAUUGCGCAGAAUCUUAAAGGAAUUACGGUGCAUGAAGCAUGGACUGCACCAUUUAAGGUCAAAGAUAAGCGCGGCAACCAGAAUGAGAAAUAUCCCUGUCCAUAUCUUACUUCUGAAGUUUGGAGAUUGAAGGAAAUUUCCAGGAAAGGCAAGCGCUGUGAAAGACUGGAAAAGAAUCACAUCAAAACUGUGCAUGAUUUUCUGUUUUGGUACCAUGUCAAUCCUGAAGAGCUCCAAAACAAAAUAUUAGAUGUCGGUGAUGGCAGCUGGAAGACAAUAGUGAGUCAUGCUCAGGACUGCAAAAUUGAUUGUGAAAAGAUGUUUUGUCACGAAUCAUCGAGUGAACCUCAAAGAUGUGUUAUUUAUGAUUGUGUGGGAAAACUCAAGGGGGAAAUGAUAGAGUCCCAGUUUGUUGGGAUUGAUAAUAUGUGUGCUGAUAAAAAGGAUGAUGCACUCAAGUUACUGAGAUCUGUAUUACAAAGAGCCUCUGCAUUAUAUGAUGAUGAAAAUGAGUUUACAUGCCCAAUUGGAUCAAAAGAAAGAGGAGAGGUGUCCAAACCUGAUGCUCAACUCACCCCUCUUCAUAAUUCAGAUAUUCUAGGAGACAUGGUAAGACUACCUCCGGAUCAGACAAGCGUGCAAGAAGAGGCUGAUGCCGAUAAACUGUUAGCAUCUGCUUGCCAGAAUUGGGGGCAGGGAAAGGCCUUUGAUUAUCAGAAUUCUCUUCAGCAGCACCUAGCUGGGUUGAGUCCAUAUAUUGGCGGAUCGAGCAGUAGUAUACAUUUGGACACUUCAUGUCACAGUUUCGACCCGAUGAUGAGCUUUCCUGGAGACGAUGCUUUCUUUGCAGGCGUUGAUGAUCUCAUACGCGAUGCCUUUGGUUACGAGCAUGGCCCUGAGGUUCUCAAUGGAUGCAACCAUUCAGGUCUUCUUGUGCAGCAGGGCUCAUCAAUGUUUUACAGCAUGGAGAGUUCAUGGGGGUUGUGCCUAAGAUUGAGCACUAUGGCUGUUAAGUUGAUAUGCCUGGCCGUGCUGGCUAUCUGGGAAAGGCUUUUGGAAUAGCCAAGAGCAUGCCUACGAAUCCAGAUGUGGCUGUAUGGAGGGCUUCAUUCAGUGCCUGUAGAAUUGAUUCCAAUCAUAGUUUUGGAGAGCGCAUAAUUACUUGUUUUGAGCAACUCGACUGUGGUAGAUAUUACGGAACUAAUGUGCUGCUCUCCAACUUGUAAAUGGGGAAAAGAAUCUCAAGUCUGGAAGGUUAUGGGAAAGCAGAACAAUUCUGCAGAUAUCGGAUGUAGCUGGAUAGAGGUAGAUAGUGUUGUUCAUGAGUUCAGAGUUGCUGAUGUGCUUAUCCUCAGAUAGCUGUGAUUCAAGAGAAGUUAUAUGAGAUAUUUAAAAGAGUAGAGCUAGUUGGUUAUGCUGCUGAUGCCACACACAUCUUGUUCGAUUUUGUUGAACAAUGAAGAAUCCGAGGACAUGUGAGGACUGCCUUGCAGUUCUCAAGGCCAUCCCCAAAUUUUGUGAUAGAGAAAUCAUAGUUAAGGAUUUCCACACUACUGGUAGUGGUCAGCUAUCUAACAUCAGAAAUUUAGCAAUGUUGUACAUAAGGUACUCAAAUCUACUUCAUUGUGAUGGAUUUUUUGAAUGAUAUGUGCUUCACAUCGCCAGAGAAGCCAAACAACAACUUUCUAAUAGAUGAAUAGCAGAUGUUUUCCUCUGU